AUGUCUCAAGACCAACCCACCGACGCCCGCGCCGCUCUCCUCUCGCACUUCUCCAUCCCAUCAGACGAACACGCCAAAAAAUGGGACGAUCUCUGGGGUGCAAAUUUUCUGCCCUGGGAUAAAGGGUUUCCGAACCCGGCGCUCGUGGACCUGCUUUCGGAGCGCAAGGACGUAUUGCCGGCGGCUGUUGAGGGGAGGAAGUUGAGGGCGUUGGUGCCGGGGUGUGGGAAGGGGUAUGAUGUGUUGUUGUUGAAGGCGUUUGGGUAUGAGGCGUAUGGGUUGGAGGUUUCGGGGAGGGCGCUGGAGGGGGCGAGGGAGGUUGAGAAGGGGGUGGGUGGGGAGGAUCAAGAGGUUUAUAGGAGUAGAGGGGGGGAGGGGAGUGUGAAGUGGGUUGAGGGGAAUUUUUUUAGGGAUGGGUUUUUGGAACAGGUUGAGGGGGAGGGGAAGUUUGAUUUGAUUUAUGAUCAUACUUUUUUGUCUGCUCUACCACCAUCUAUGAGAGCUGCUUGGUCGAAGCGCGUUGUGGAACUUCUUGCUCCACAGGGGAGAAUAGUCUGUCUCGAGUUCCCUACGUACAAACCACAUUCGACUGGAGGUCCGCCAUGGGCUCUUCCUCCCAAGGUGUAUGUGGCUCAUCUUUCGAGGCCGGGAGAAGACCUUCCUUAUCACGAGGAGGAAGGACUACAGGAGUCCAAGCUGGGUGAGCCAAGUAAGACUGGAUUGAAGCGUGUUGCGCAUUUCCAACCUAAAAGGACUCAUAAUGUCGGAUAUAGCAAAGACGGCAAGGUCACUGAUUGGGUAUCAGUUUGGGCGCAUCCAGAUGCCCAGUAG